AUGGACAACAUCUCACAGCAACAACGGCUAUGCGAGGCUCCGCACGACAGCAUGGAGAUAAUAACACUCGCGACAGAGAUCCCACGCGGCAGAGUUAGCAUCGGCAGUGGCAAUGAGCCCUUCGCCCGUAGGAUCUCAGUGGUCGAGGCUAGAUUCCCAUAUAUCGCGAUGACUCCAUUUGCACGCGGUAUCGUGGCUCCUUUGGUCGAGCGCCUCAGCGAGCAGAUACAAUUCGAAGACUCGCUGAGGCGACUCAAAUAUCAUGUGCUGCAGAAGGAGGAGCAGCGAUUGCUUGCCAACUUACGCUCCGAGCAUGCCGCAUCUCAGGCAGCGGCACAUGAAGCUAAGCUCGACAGUCUGCAGCGAAGGUUCGACGACCUGAUGGAAAAGAGUGGUGAACUCGAAAACUGGAUCCGCGAUUUGCAGACAGAGAAGGACAACCUCAACCAAACACUUGACAAUCGGAAUCGCCAAAUCACGCAGCUCCACGAAGAUCUGGCCACGGAAGAGGUCCGAUCGUCUGCUUCAGCUCAGCAGGUCGCUGCUGCUGCGGAAGCAAAAGCGGAAACAGAUAAGAAGAUUGCGAAUUUCGAUUCCGACUUGCACCAGGUUCGGGCUGAGUUGAAGGCCAAGACUGACGAUGUUCGCGAACUUGAGAGACAGUAUUGCAAGCUCACCGAAGAAAGCCAGCAGCUUCAAGAUGAGCUCGAGAUGAAGACUGAUGACGCCAAUCAACUUGAGGAGCAGCAUCGUGCUCUCACCGAAGAACACCAGCAGCUUCAAACUGAGCUCAAGGUCAAGACUGAUGACGCCAGUAGACUAGAGGAACAGCAUCGUACGCUUCGCCAAGAACACGAGUCGCUGAAAGACAGCGGUUGCGCAUUAGAGGAGCAGUUUCGUGCACUAAACGUAGAACAUAAGCGUCUUCAAUUCAGCGCGAAGGCCUUGAGCGAGCAGAUCGCCGCCCACAACCGAACAAUAAACAGACACGCAGCUACCAUCAUCAGCCUGGAACAAGACCGCUCACAGCUUCGAAACGAGCUUCGACAGGUCAGAGAACAAGCCGAGCAGGAGCAACAAGACCACGAGAUCGUCAAUGCGGCGUUGAUGAAGUCCGAAAAAGAGUGGAAGGACAAAGCUGAAAAGAGAGGCAACACCCUCAACACAUACACUGCAGAGAACAAUGGUCUUAAAGCCACAAAUGAGGCGCUCAAGAAGACCUUGGAAAGCCAGAAAGCAGAAAUGAAGAAGCAGAAGAAGAUUGCCGACGAAGCCCACCGCAGAUAUACCGAUGAUCUCGCCAAGAAAGACAAACAGAUCAACGAGCAGCGAACGGCACACGAGCAAGCUCUUCGGCGCCAGGAAGCCGAGCUGAAGCAGGAGCAGGCUCACACCGCCGCAAAGUUGAUGAGGCUGAGGCCACGGUAG